ACCCCCCCCCUCCCUACCCCCACCCCCCCGAUGCUCACGCUGCUUCGCCGGAGCCUCGGCUCCGCUCGGAGGCCGAACGGAGCGCCGGUUCGGCCGGUCGCCUGGGUACGCCGAUGCAGCGCGUGUCCUCCGGAAGUGAGCGCCGCGCGCGUCCGCAAGACUUUCCUGGACUUCUUCGAGCGGGAGCACGGACACCUGCCGGUCCCGUCGUCCCCGGUCCGGCCCAGGGGGGAUCCCAGCCUGCUCUUUGUCAACGCCGGAAUGAACCAGUUCAAGCCCAUCUUGUUGGGCACGGCGGACCCCCGCAGCACCAUGGCGUCCUAUCGCCGGGUGGUCAACAGUCAGAAGUGCGUGCGGGCGGGCGGCAAGCACAACGACCUGGACGACGUGGGCAAGGAUGUGUACCACCACACCUUCUUCGAGAUGAUGGGCAACUGGUCCUUCGGCGACUACUUUAAGGAAGAGGCGUGCGCCAUGGCGUGGACGCUGCUGACGGAGCGUUACGGGAUCGCGCCGGACAGGCUCUACGUGUCCUACUUUGCCGGCGACGCCGCUUCGGGCCUGGACGCCGACGAGGAAACUCGCCGCAUCUGGUUGGACAUCGGGGUUCCUCCCGCUCGCCUUCUGGCGUUCGGGCCCAAGGAGAACUUCUGGGAGAUGGGCGACACGGGCCCGUGCGGCCCCUGCACCGAGAUCCACUACGACGGCGUGGGGGGCCGCGACGCCGCCCCCAUGGUCAACGCCGGCCGGCCGGACGUGCUGGAGAUCUGGAACCUGGUCUUCAUGGAGUACAGCAGGGAGCGCGACGGCGAGCUGCGCCCGCUGCCGCACCGCAGCGUGGACACGGGCUUGGGGCUGGAGAGGCUGCUGGCCGUCCUCCAAGGGAAAAGCUCCAACUACGACACCGACCUGUUCGCCCCGCUGAUGGACGCCAUCUUCCGGAGAAGCGGCGUGGCCCCGUACGGGGGCCGCACGGGGCCCGAGGCGCCGGUGGACGCCGCCUACCGGGUGGUGGCCGACCACGCCCGCGCCCUGGCGGUCUGCAUCGCCGACGGCGUCCAUCCGGGCAUGUCGGGGGCCGAGCUGGUGCUGAGGAGGAUCCUGAGGCGGGCGGUGCGCUUCUGCGCCGAGGUCCUGCGGGCUCCCCCGGGAACGCUGGCCAGCCUGGUGCCGUACGUGGCGGACGGCCUGGGCGACGCGUACCCGGAGCUCCGCCGCGAAGCCGACAGGGUGAUGGACGUCAUCAACGAGAACGAGGAGCACUUCCUGUCCAAUCUGCGGCAGGGCAGCAGGCUCAUCCGACGCACCCUGCGAAGCGUGGACCCGCAGCGUCCGAUCUUUCCCGCGUCAGUGGCGUGCUCGCUGCACCGGGACUUGGGCUUCCCGCUGGACCUGGUGGAGCUGAUGCUGGACGAGAAGGGCGUGGCCGUCGACCGGCGGGAGGUGGAGCGGCUCGUCGCCAGCCAGCGCAAGGUGACGUCGGAGCGGGCCGGCGCCGACGCUCGGCUGACGCUGACCGCGGGCGCCCUGGCCCGGCUGCGGCGGGAGGGCGUGGCUCACACGGACGACAGCGCCAAGUACGACUACGCGCUCCGGCGCCAGCGCUACGAGUUCCCGGCGUGCCCCGCGCGCGUGCUAGCUCUGUUUGACGGCGCGGCGCUGGUGCCGCGGGUGGAACCGGGUCAGCGCUGCGCCGUCAUCUUGGACCGGACCUCCUUCUACGCCGAGCAGGGCGGGCAGGAUGCCGACCGUGGCUACUUUGUGCGGGACGACCUGCAGGAGGUGCCGUUCGCUGUGGAGCACGUGUCGACGGCGGGGGGCUACGUGAUCCACCAGGUGACCGCCGCCGACGCCCUGCGGACCGGAGACCGCCUGCACCUCCAUCUGGACCAGGCCCACCGGGUGGCGUGCAUGAGCAACCACACGGCCACGCACCUGCUCAACUUUGCCCUGCGUGAGCUCCUGGGCCCGUCCGUCCACCAGAGGGGAUCGCACGUGUCCGCCCGGCGCCUGCGCUUCGACUUUACCGUCAAGGGCUCGCUGAGCGCCGAGCAGCUUCGGCAGGUGGAGGCCCACGUCAAUGCGGCGGUGGCGGCCGACCAGCCGCUGCACGUCCAAGAGGUCCCCCUGAAGGUGGCCGUGACCAUCGGGGAUGUCCGGACGGUGGACGAGGUGUAUCCCGACCCCGUUCGAGUGGUCUCGCUGGGUGUUCCGGUCUCGGACCUUCUGGACCGUCCCGCUGUGGGCCGCACGUCGGUGGAGCUCUGUUGCGGAACCCACCUGGCGCGGACGGCCUCCAUCGGCAACCUGGCCAUCGUCUCCGAGCGGCAGCUGGUCAAAGGGAUCAGCCGCAUCGUCGCCGUCACAGGGGCGGAGGCCGCUCGGGCUCGGGAGGCGGGCCGGACGCUGCUGGAGCAAGUGGACUCGCUGGCGGCCAGGAUGACGGGCCCCGCCUCCUCCCGCCUGGACUUGGCCCAGAGUCUGGCCAAGGAGGUGGGCACGGUCUCCGACGCGGUGGACAACACGCCCGUGCCCCAGUGGCUGCGAGGGGAACUGCAGGCGCGCCUCAAGACCAUGCAGAGGCGGAGCAACACUUUGGUCCGCAAGCUGGAGAGCGCGCAGGCGGCGCUCGCGGCCGGGGCCUUGCUGACCGAGGCCAAACAGGAAGUCCUGCUGGUCAGCGCCGUGGAGGCGCCAUCUUUGGCGGUCCUGGUGAAAACGGUCAACCUGGUGAGUGCGGCGCAUCCCUCCGCUCGCGUCAUGCUGCUGGCGUCCCAAAAGCAUUCCGGGAAAGUCCUGUGCGCCUGUCAGGUUCCCAAGGACUCGGCGGCGGCGCUCCCGGCUUCCGAUUGGGCGACGGCCGUGUGUCGCAGGAUGGGCGGCGACGGCGGCGGCUCGGCGGUGGUGGCGCGCGGAACGGGACGCGGCCGCGACGUGGCGCAGGCGCUGGCCUGGGCCGAGACCUUCGCUCGCGAUCGUCUCGCCAGGCAAACGGGAAGUGCGGGGGCGGGGCCGUAAACCUUCGGGGUCUGAUGAUGAUGAUGCAUGGAAGCCCCGCCCCCACCCCCUCCCGGUCACUUCUAUCGGACAGCAACUUGCAUUUUGCAAGAGGGCAAUUUUUGAACCCCGAUGCGUACUCGUCCUUCAUCCGAAACGAGAUUCGUCGAAAGCGAGACGUCGACUGGGCUCGCGGCCGUAUGUCCCAAAGCGAUGGCUGACAAAAGAAAUGGGCCGUCUCUGGCGCCGGCUUGAGUGACAUCCGAGAACCAAGCCAAAUCAUCCUGCAAAGCCUAAAAAACAAAGGACUCCUAAAAAACAAGGGGCAUCGGGGGGGUAUUUUCUCUUUUUUUUUGGACCUUGAAAAAGCUCGAGAUGAGCCCACUAGAGGGAGCCAGAGGAGCGCUUGUUGACGAAAUCCGACUCGGUUGUUGUGUGUAUUGGGGUCCGCGCGGGGGCGCCUCUUCUUGGUGGGACGCGACGCUUUGGAUUUGUUGCUUUUUUUAUUUUUUAUUUUUUGCCUUCUUCUGUAGCUUCAUUAAACUCAUGUUUCAAGUCACUGUU